UUUCCAUCUCCCAUCCCACCACACAAAGGCUUCGUCGACGUAAAAAGGAAACCCACAACGAACCAAACGUCUUCGGCGCCAGUCCCUGUCAGUGUCAGAUACGAUACGACCCUCUGUUCACUCCCAAUGUUGGCUAUGUAAUGCAAAGCUUCUCCCUUUCCUCACUCUCUCACUCAGAAUUCAGAAGCUAACUCUCUGCUAUAACUCCGACGAACAUUUUUCAACCAGAGCCCCGGCAGCCAUGGCGGACAAACAUUACCGGGUUGGAUACGCCCUCGCUCCCAAGAAGGCGAGCAGCUUCAUCCAGCCGUCCCUCCUCGACUACGCCGCCGGCCGCGGCGUCGACCUCGUCGCCGUCGACCCAUCAAAACCCUUGACCUCACAGGGCCACUUCGACUGCAUCAUCCACAAAUUCUACGACGAGGAUUGGAAGCUCCAGCUCGAGGCAUUCGCCGGGGAAAACCCUGAUUCCGUGAUCGUCGACUCGCUCGUGGCCGUGGAGAAGCUCCACAAUCGCGUCUCCAUGCUCGAGGUGGUGAGCAAGCUGAAGCUCGAUCGGAAGGAGCGGGCUGAGAUUCCCCGACAGGUGGUGGUCUCGAAUUCCGCCGAAUUGAAACAGAGCGAGGCGGUUAAGGAGCUAGGGUUUCCGUUAAUCGCCAAGCCGAUGGUAGCCAACGGAACAAUUCUGUCGCACAAGAUGUAUCUAAUCUUCGAUCGUGAAGGAUUGGCUGAGCUGGAAGAAGCGCCGGUGGUGCUGCAGGAGUUCGUGAACCACGGCGGCGUGAUCUUUAAAGUCUACGUCGCCGGUGGCCAUGUUCAGUGCGUGAAGAGGAAGUCGUUGCCGGACAUUACGGAUGACAAAUUGGGGGCGCCGCCUCUGAAGGGCUCCCUCCCUUUCGCUCAGAUCUCCAGUCUGGCCGAUGGCAGCGAGUCGGAGUUCGCCGGCGUCGAGAUGCCACCGGAAGGGUUUGUAGAGGAAGUUGCUAGCGGGUUGAAGGAGGCAAUGGGGCUGCAUUUGUUCAACUUUGAUGUGAUUAGGGAUAGUGGAGAUGAGAAUAGGUAUCUCGUGAUUGACAUCAACUACUUCCCUGGGUAUGCCAAGAUGCCGAAUUACGAGCAGAUUCUGACUGGUUUCUUAUUGGAGAUCUUGGGAGUGAAGAAGGAAUAAAAAUGUGGAGAAGAUGGUGAGAAUGGUGCUUUAAGGAAACAAGCAUUGGUGUCAUUGUAGGCUAACAGGGUUCUUGAAAGUUUGUUUCUUUCUCUGUGUUUCGAAAUGCUGUUCAAGGUUUGGGAUGGUGGUAAGAAACGGUGGAUGAUGAA